AUGGCUCGGCCGAAGAGACGAUUUAUUUCGAAGAGAUUCGCCGGAGAUUACGGUCGCGCGUUGCACCGACGACGACGACGUAAAUCUCCGGCCGAUCGAUAUUAUAUUCGGUAUGCGGCGUCGUCGGUGACAGCGCUUUCGCGAAGACGAGUUGUUGUAUUUCCAGCCGAGUGCCAAAUCGUUAUUGCCGCGGGCGAUCGGCCGAUAAACUGCAACGCGAACGCUGCUCGCACCUGCCCCGACGACGACGACGGUCGUAAGAAAUUCGUCGUCGUUCGUUAA